GAGCUAGAAGACUAGUGUCAUGGCAGACCAGGAUGAGAAAACCUCUAUCAACCUCAUCUCAGUUAAAGCAAGUGAAUGCCCUGUGACCCGUGUAACUGUUUAUAAGGACAGGGCAGAGGUUUUCAGGGAAUUGGAGACAACCGUGAAAGCUGGUGUAAACGAGCUUCGUAUUAAAGAGUUUGUGCGGAUUGAUGAAGAUUCCAUCAGGUAAUUUUCCUUGACAUAUUUGAUGUUUCUCAAGUGGAUUAAGUAAUUAUAUUUAUUAAAUACAGUAUAUCAAAUGCUUUUUAUUGCACAGAAGUUUGGUCUUAGACCCUUCAACAACUUCUUUUUAUGAUGAAUUAAUAAAAAAAAAUAAUACUGCUGAUCAGCAUCACCAACAGAUAAUUAAAAAAAAAAAGUGAAAUGGUAGAAAAAUAAAUACAAAAUAUAACCUAAUUCAAAGUAUGAUCUUUAUGGUAUUUUGUUUUAGUUAUCAUAUACAUUUUAAUUUCAAACUGGUUUAAUAAUGAAAUAAAUACAAAAUAAAGACUCCAUUAAUUCAAGUAUUUUGAUAUAUUAGGGUCGAGGGUAAAGGAAACGCCACCAUUGCUGAGGUUAGCUACCAGAACAAGUAUGUCACAGAGGAUGAAGCCACCAUGACAGAAAAAGAAAAAGUAUUAAAUGAGCAGGUACUGAAAAACACAGCCUUGUUAUUAGUGCUUCAGUAAAACAACACAUUUUUAGAAUCAUUUGAUAGAAAUUUUUCAUGUUUAAAAUGAAAAAAAAAAAAAAAUCACAAGUUACUUAUGAUGCAUUUUUAAUUAAAUUAUAUCUCUUGGUAUUUAGGGGCUCCUCUAUUAAAUCUUAAUGUUUCCUUAAUAUGUGUUUUUGGUUGUUUCAGCUUCGUGUUCUAAAGGAAGAGCAAAAGGUUCUUGAUCUUGAGAACCAGAAAAAAUCCCUAAACAAGCAAUGGCAGCUGUUGGAUCAGUUUGCUGCCACAGCUGCAAAGAAUGGCCAGGUUAUUGUUGAUAUUUUAUCUAAAAGAAUAUGUCAAUAUAAAUGUUUUUUAUUACUAAAUCAACUUAACACUCCUCUAUUUCGGUUUCUAACUAAAAAACAAAACUUUCUUGACACUGAGUAUGUAGAGUUUUAGGAGGGGGCGCACACUACCCAAGGUCACUUGUGAAGAUCCAGUGGUGACUAAAUUCUUUUUGGGGAAGCAAAAAACUUUAAUUUCCGAUGACCAACUUAGAUACAUAAGACAUAUAAUCAACACUGUGCUUGUAAUAUAUCUACGUUAAGUAAAAGUAAUAUUUAGUUAACUUUUCUACUUAAUGCUUUUAGAUAUUCUAUUACUUGCUUGGUAGGUGAUAUGUAAAUGCUUCAAACCUAAUCAGUUGCCGUUUCCCAUCAGUGGUGAUUGAUAUCACCUUGCAAGUUUAUAAAUUUCAUGUUGAUCUGCGAGGAAUAGUUGAAAAUAAACUUUGGAAAUGAAUAAUAAUAACAAUAAAAGUAAUAAUUAAUAAUAAUAAUGAUAUUGAUAAUAAUAAUAAUAAUUACAACAACAUUCAGAUUUAAAGCUGAAUUCUACAAUAAAUUAUCAGACGGCCAUUAAAACCCCGACAUCCCUUCUUAUAUCAAGAGUUUUUACAUUUUGCUUCUGUUAAAAAGUAAUAAUAUAAUAUAAUAUUCUUUUUUUUUUUAUUCUAACAAACUUCAGGGUGAAAAAAAAGACGAACCUUCAACUUUUCUACUUGAUGCUGGUUAUUUUAAAGGUAUUUACUGACCAUCUUUAUUUCUUGUUCUAAUAACAAUAAACUAGAAUCAAAAUCAGCCCUUGUGUUUGGGUCAAAGGGGAAAUUGUUAACACCUUAACUAGUGUGAGUAAUACAGAAACAAGUGAGUGUAAUUUCCUUUUCCAUCGGCAAACAUGAAUUAAUCCUUAAAAAUCUUAGGUUAUUUAGAAAUAAUUUAUGUUUCAGAUUCUGUGGAUUGGAAAUUUUAAGUACUUUUUAUUGUUGAAUGUUAUAAACGUCUAUUUAACUUCAGUUUAAAAAAUCUUAAUAUCCUUCAAGCUGCUUUAUUUAUUGAAACAUUUUUUUAACAUAUUUUGAUUAAACAUUAUGUCUCCAAUAUCCUAGAAAAUUUUUAUUUUGUGAAGUUGUAAGUGGUGGCUUAGCAACCUGAUUUCAAAUAACAGGAAGUGGUUUUCUGUCUGUAACUACCAUGGAGCUCAUGGACUUAAACUACCAUUGAGCUCAUGGAGACAUUCAGAAAGAUGCAUGGCUUUCUCUUGUUCUUUGAGGUAUGAGGGAAUUCAUGCAACAAUACAAAGACAUUGGGAAACAGCUGGAGGCUGAAAGGCUAGACCUGGAGAAGAAGAACGAGGAGCUGAACAAGAAGAUCGAGGCGGUGGAGAGAAACCUGUCUGAGGUGCGUGGCAACUACCACAGUGGACACGAAAACAGGUCAGAAUGCAUUGACUUUUAGGGAAUCUAAUAUUAAACAGUUUUUUUUAAAAAGUAAUCCAUUAAAAAAAAGCAGAAACAACAACAAAAAAAAGCCCCUGACUGUUAAUGUUUCUUCAAAUUAUUAUUCUGUCAUGAGAAGGUCUGUUGUCAAGUUAUUCUGUCAUGAGAAGGUCUGUUGUCAAGUUAUUCUGUCAUGAGAAGGUCUGUUGUCAAGUUAUUCUGUUAUGAGAAGGUCUGUUGUCAAUUUAUUGAAUAUAGUUUGCACUGAUUGGAUAGGUCUGGCCUAGAUUUUCAGAUUUGGCUGCAAACAUUGUCCAUGCCACCCCGAUUUGUUUUGGCAGGGGCAAUCCUGACGUAAGGGUCCAUGUGGCCAGACUUUGAAGAUACUCCUUGUGGCCACCCUUGUGCUGUUCAGUGAGAUUUUUUAAAAGCUGCCAUAACCAGCACAUAACCAGUUGCUCAAUUGUCUCUGAGAUCUCGUCAAAAACAUUUUAACAAAUUAGAAAAAAAACAAAAAAACAACUGGAAAUUGUACCAGGUUUAUUUAUUACAUUUUUUUUUGUGUGUCUCAGGGAGUGUGUGGUGGUGCUAGAGGCUGAAAAGGAGACUAAGGUGUCCCUCACAGUGUCUUACGUGGUGCUGGGGGCCUCUUGGACACCAUCCUAUGACCUUCGUAUGUUCACAGAAAAAAGUGUACUGAAGGUAAGUGUAGUUCUGAGUUUUUAACCUGAAUUCCAAAGGGUACUAAUAUGGGGGGUGGGGAGGGGGAAUGGCCAAUUGGUCUUUUGGUGAUGUUCAUGAAAAGGUCACAAACAUAUUUAUGGUUGGACUUUACAGAAAGUUUCUAAAGCCUUUGUUUUUUUUAGGAGGAUUGGUGAGAUUAAUAGUGAAUAAAUAUGACAUUUAUUUCUCCAUGAUUAUUCCUAUGAUACUGCAUCCACUUUCCCAGUACAACUCUUGCAGGUCUUCACACCCCACUCCGUUAAGGACUUUAAACUUUCUUCCUGUAGCAGAUGUUUUAAUUUUCCUCUUCAGAUCUUCUACUACGGAUUGAUCUUUCAAAGCUCUGGUGAAGACUGGAAUAAUGUCAAGCUCUACCUUUCAACAGCUGAACCUAGCGUUGGUGGAACCAUCCCCAACCUCCCAAUGACACAGUUGUCUGUCCGCAAGAUUCGGUAUGUUUGUUUUUUUCCAACCUUUAUUUUCAUACUUAGUUCCUCAGUCUGCUUUUCAUUUUUCUGAGAACACUGUUGGUCAUGAAUUGUCUAGUGCCGAUGUCAUUAUCAUCUCUUCUAAAUGUUUGGAAUAUUUCAACAUGUGUGGUAUGCAUGUGGGCUUUACACAGAGUAUAUAUAUAUUGUUAUAUAAUACCUAAUGAAAAAGAACUAAUGGGUGACUUACCUUUUGUUAAAAAGAACAGAUUUACCUCCCAUUCUAAAAAUUUGUUCUUUAUUUUUUGUUCUGCUUCAUUUAUUAUUUUUACUCUUGUGUCCUGUAAACAUAGAGCAGAUCUGUUUAAAAUGAUGUAACCAUUAAUAGGUCAUGGAGGCAUCAUGCAGUGGGUCUAAUUUGUUUAUAAAUCAAUAUCACCCAGUGGUUGCUGCAUUGAGUGCAUAUAUUGAUGUGAUGCUGUAUUGAAAUAACCUGUUGUGCAGUGGAUUCAUGCAGAUUAUCCUUCAGCUUUUCUCCCUCCACCAUCGGGUGUUGGACUGAAAUUACGUUUACCUCAAAGCGGGCCAUCACCAAGUUUCAUCAGCUAUCCAUCUUCUUUGCUGUUUUUUUGUAUCUGCUUUCAAACUAGGAAUCUGUUAACAGUUGUAUCUUGACAACUUUGUUUUGGUUGUUGUACCCCCGCUCCCCCUACUUCCCCUAUUUCAGCCCUGUAUCUGCCACCAGAAGUUUUGGCUUAAGUGAAAGCAUGAGUGACGAUUAUUAUGGAGAAAGAUAUCACCCCAUAAUGGAAAGGGGAAUCGCGGGUGGAUACCCUGCACCUGCCGCACCACCACCUUUAGGAGCAAUGCGAGUGGCCGAGGCUGAGGUAUAUGCCACAUUGAGUGUUGGGUUCUAAGAUUGGAUUGGACUGGAUGGGGGAGUCGAGCUGCACUGCCAUUUCACCACUGUACAUUCUAUUGUUUAUUUAUUUUUGCUUCUGCUUUACAAAACUCUACUAAUUGUAGGUGCUCUUUUAGCUAAGCCUGAUCCUGCCUUGUUUCUAGGCUCACUUGGGUGAUGUGACCCUCAUUACCAGCAAGAGUCCUUUUAAGCAUGUUGUAAACAGCCACUAAGAUGUAUAGUUAGUUCAUAUAAAAGAAUCUUUACAUAAUAAAUGACAUUCAACAGCACUAAUAGAAUAUAUAGUACCUAUCAACGAAACUUCAGACUUUUGAACAUUUAGUUAAUAUAUUGUAGCACAAAAAAACAACAAAAAAAAAAUUUGGAGAAAAAUAAUAAAAUUUAAAAGGUAUUCUGAUUUGAAAACAACUUAUCUUAAGUUGGUUCAUUGUUAAAAACAUAUACACUUCUGUCAAUUUUUAUCAUUCAACUCCAGUCAGCUACUCAGUUGUGCCUGGAAAUGUUUAUCACCUGAAAUACAAAGACAUGCUCUUCCUUUUAUGGAAGGAAAAUACAAUUUGAGAUUCCUUUAAUUUUGCAAUGAGAUCCAGUAAAUUAUAUAUUUCUUAAAAAUAUUUAUUUAGCAUAAGCAUUUAAUUAUAGGGGGUAUCCAACAUAAAGUCUGGCACAUCCUGUUUUCCAGCUUUCAAAAGCACUUCACUCAAUACUCAAAUAGUCAUUAGUUAUUUCAAAAUUGUAAUUAUUUAGAUCAAUAUCGGAGGCUAGGUUAUCACUUCAUUCAGUCGAAUUAUUUGGAUAUUAAGGAAAAGCUACCAUCUCUUUUAAUUCAUCUAAUUAAAGUCCUUACUGUCCUGCAGGACUUCUCACUCUUUUGUUAAACAUUCACUGUUUGAUAAAAUCGCCAAUUCUUCGGUAGACACGAGCCUCACAAAGAUGAGAACUGAAUCGGCACCCAUGGUGGUUGCUGAGGUCAAGGUUAGAAAUGUUUAAGUGCCCAGUCUCAACCGCUUCCAUUUAGUUUUUAAAAAUGGCAUCACAAAAUUUGACCAAGUCUUAAUAAAUUUUACUGCAACAUUCCAUAGAGGAACUGAGUAUCGACCCAUUUCUUAAUAAGACUGCCCAUUGUAAACAUAAGUGAGGGGCAGAAAGAUUUAUUUAAGCAUGAGACAAUUUUAAAAUUGCUGCAUUUCAGCAUUAUUUGAAUAAGUAAACCAAACCAUGUAUAGGAUAGAGUAAGAGAAAAAACAAAAACAAAAAAAACGUAAUCAAAGAUGCUUUAUAAAAAAAAAAUGAUCUAUCGAGAUAAUAAUUAUUAAUGGUAGGAUGACAGGAGAGUAUGCUUUGAUUUCUUUUGACAUGUUUUUCCCCAAAUGGCUUUACCAUAGAUACUCAUUCUAAAGCUGAGCCCCUAGUUUUGGUGGGAAAAGCCUGAAUAUAGGAUAUGGUUAUGCUGAUCCCAAAAACGACUGAAUAGUGGUGCUUGCUACUUUCAUUCUCCUUAUUUUGUCAAAUUAGGCGAAUGAAUUAAAAAAAGUUUAUUGAAAUCAAAAUUUGUAAAAAUGACAUUCAAAAUUUUUUUAUUCAAGAAAAAAAUAAAGCAAAUAAGUAAUCAAGGUAAAUGCAGCUGUUUAAAGCUUCUGAUAAUAUUUUGGAAUCUUGUAGAGCUUAUGGUAGACUAGGACCUUUGCGAUCUACAGUUGCAAAUUCAUUAUUCAAUGUACAUGAAGAAAACUAUUAAAAAAUCUCCUAUGAACAGAUCACAGUACAACCAGCCCCCUUAAUCCACUGAGCCCCCCCCACCCCGCGCCCUCUCCCCUCCCCCCUAUCCAAAUCAGCUUUUGAAUGAGUAAAUAUGGUAAUUAAUUCCCUUGAUCUUACCUCUCUCCCACCAACCCAACUACUGUCUGAUAUGUAUUUGCAAAUGUCUAGUAUAAAACUUAUAUUUAUAGCAAACACACAUCUAGUGCCAAAUAUAGUUUUCAACUCAUUUGAGAGGUUAGAAUGAAUGCUAUACAGGGAAAUAUUAAAUAUAUUUUUUCUUUUCAACACACAAACCCCCCCCCUCUCUCUUUCUCUUUCUCUCUCUCACUCUAUCUUUAAAUAAUGAAUAAUUCCAGUUUUCUGCAAGUGUUUAACUACUUUUAUUGAAACUGAAUUCAAUUGUUUUUUUUUAUUUCGGGCAGAUUAUUUGACCUAUAAUUUGUGUGUUGUAAGCUCAUGCACUCAAUUACAACCUAAAUCACUUUUACCCAUAUAUCAUUAUAUCAUAUCACACUGAGACAGUUGUUAGUUAAAAACCUAUAACAUAUCACGCUGAGACCACUGUUAAAACCUGCUGCUAUCUGAUACCACUCUCCCCAGAGAGUUUUUAGUUAUAAAUAGGAUUGUUCAUGAGGAACAGUAAUUUUGUAUUUACAACAGGUAUGGUGACUAUACUGAAGCAGAAACAUAGAACCAGUUAGUAGAAAAUUCUUUUUGUGUCCCAGAUGUCAGUGAUACGUAUUUGUGUGGUUUGCUGUUAGCAAGCCUUUAAAAAAAAAUGCUGGUUUCAGCACAGACUCUGAAAUCUUUUUCUCACGCGCAUCAAAACUUGACCUGGACAAUGUUGUCUGUCAUCAGGCCUAAAUCAUCACCACGACCCAUUUCCUCCUUUUUGAAGUCAGCGGCUAAACGAAGCCAGGAGUCAGAAGAGCCUGAAAUGAUGGCUUACUCGAUGGCUUGCGACAACAUAAUGAGUGAUGCUCCUCCAAUGGCUAUGGCUAUGGCCCGUGCUCCAGUCCAGGUCAGUCAUUCUUUGACGCGGUCGUAUUAAUUCUUCAGCCAUGUUGUGAAAGCUCAGAGGUGGUAAGCGUUCUCCCAAAGAUGGUGCAUGCCAAUCACGGGGAGCCCAGUAGCACUGUCUCUGAACUUAACCUCCACUAACACUGCUGUAGUUCUUGUAAUCUCCUAGAAUAGUAGCUCACUGGCCUGGUGCCGUGUUGUAUCAAUAAGUUGAUUGCUGGUGAUGUAAUGUCAAUUUCUCUUUGUUGCAGAUCUUCCCCACAAUAUCUCUCUCUCUCGAUCUCUCUAACUUUAUAUUUUCUCCUGCUCUGUAAAUAGAGGCAUCGAACCACAUUUUUUAAAUUUGUAUUUAGCUGGAGGAAGAUCUUCAUCUACUACUGACCAUAGUUUGGUUUGCACCACUUUAAACCAUUUGACCUGACAACCUUAACUUAUAAUCGUUAAUUAUCGCUUAGCCUACUAACACAUGUGCAAUCAUUACAGCUCUUUGGCAAAUGCAAUAAUUAUUGUUGCUUUGAGAAAGAUUGAGUCUUCUGAUUAAUUAAAUGCAAAACACUUGGUGCUGCAACACUUGUUACUCCUGCACUUGUUACUUACUACACCUGGUGUUUGCUGCACUUGGUAUUGCUGUACUAGGUACUGCUGCACUUGGUUGCACUGUUUCACUCUGAGCUGCUAGUCUGCGGUCUUUGAAUGAGAACAUGUUCUGUUCACGGAAAGAAGGUGUAAUGUCUGUGUUAUUGUUCAGUGUGUUACUGUUUUAAUCUAUAUCUUUCAAGCUCACCCAUUUCUUGUUCUUAAUACCACCUUCCCAUGGCCCAGAAGGCAGUCUCCACAUUAUUCUGCCUCUAAAUGGAUGGGUCAUCACACUGAUAAGACGAGGAUUACCUUCCCAUAAUUCUGCCUCUGAAUGGGUGGGUCAUCACACUGAUAACACAAGGAUUACCUUCCCAUAAUUCUGCCUCUGAAUGGGUGGGUCAUCACACUGAUAACACAAGGAUUGCCUUCCCAUAAUUCUGCCUCUGAAUGGGUGGGUCAUCACACUGAUAACACAAGGAUUACCUUUCGAUAAUUCUGCCUCUGAAUGGGUGGGUCAUCACACUGAUAACACAAGGAUUACCUUCCCAUAAUUCUGCCUCUGAAUGGGUGGGUCAUCACACUGAUAACACAAGUAUUACCUUCCCAUAAUUCUGCCUCUGAAUGGGUGGGUCAUCACACUGAUAACACAAGGAUUACCUUCCCAUAAUUCUGCCUCUGAAUGGGUGGGUCAUCACACUGAUAACACAAGGAUUGCCUUCCCAUAAUUCUGCCUCUGAAUGGGUGGGUCAUCACACUGGUAACACAAGGAUUACCUUCCCAUAAUUCUGCCUCUGAAUGGGUGGAUCAUCACACUGAUAACACAAGGAUUACCUUUCGAUAAUUCUGCCUCUGAAUGGGUGGGUCAUCACACUGAUAACACAAGGAUUACCUUCCCAUAAUUCUGCCUCUGAAUGGGUGGGUCAUCACACUGAUAACACAAGGAUUACCUUCCCAUAAUUCUGCCUCUGAAUGGGUGGGUCAUCACACUGAUAACACAAGGAUUACCUUCCCAUAAUUCUGCCUCUGAAUGGGUGGGUCAUCACACUGAUAACACAAGGAUUACCUUCCCAUAAUUCUGCCUCUGAAUGGGUGGGUCAUCACACUGAUAACACAAGGAUUACCUUCCCAUAAUUCUGCCUCUGAAUGGGUGGGUCAUCACACUGAUAACACAAGGAUUACCUUCCCAUAAUUCUGCCUCUGAAUGGGUGGGUCAUCACACUGAUAACACAAGGAUUACCUUCCCAUAAUUCUGCCUCUGAAUGGGUGGGUCAUCACACUGAUAACACAAGGAUUACCUUCCCAUAAUUCUGCCUCUGAAUGGGUGGGUCAUCACACUGAUAACACAAGGAUUACCUUCCCAUAAUUCUGCCUCUGAAUGGGUGGGUCAUCACACUGAUAACACAAGGAUUACCUUCCCAUAAUUCUGCCUCUGAAUGGGUGGGUCAUCACACUGAUAACACAAGGAUUACCUUCCCAUAAUUCUGCCUCUGAAUGGGUGGGUCAUCACACUGAUAACACAAGGAUUACCUUCCCAUAAUUCUGCCUCUGAAUGGGUGGGUCAUCACACUGAUAACACAAGGAUUACCUUCCCAUAAUUCUGCCUCUGAAUGGGUGGGUCAUCACACUGAUAACACAAGGAUUACCUUCCCAUAAUUCUGCCUCUGAAUGGGUGGGUCAUCACACUGAUAACACAAGGAUUACCUUCCCAUAAUUCUGCCUCUGAAUGGGUGGGUCAUCACACUGAUAACACAAGGAAUACCUUCCGAUAAUUCUGCCUCUGAAUGGGUGGGUCAUCACACUGGUAACACAAGGAUUACCUUCCCAUAAUUCUGCCUUUGAAUGGGUGGGUCAUCACACUGAUAACACAAGGAUUACCUUCCCAUAAUUCUGCCUCUGAAUGGGUGGGUCAUCACACUGAUAACACAAGGAAUACCUUCCCAUAAUUCUGCCUCUGAAUGGAUGGGUCAUCACACUGAUAACACAAGGAUUGCCUUCCCAUAAUUCUGCCUCUGAAUGGGUGGGUCAUCUCACUGGUAACACAAGGAUUACCUUCCCAUAAUUCAGCCUCUGAAUGGUUGGGUCAUCACACUGAUAACACGAGGAUUACCUUCCCAUAAUUCUGCCUCUGAAUGGGUGGGUCAUCACACUGAUAACACCAGGAUUACCUUCCCAUAAUUCUGCCUCUGAAUGUGUGGGUCAUCACACUGAUAACACAAGGAUUACCCUCCCAUAAUUCUGCCUCUGAAUGGGUGGGUCAUCACACUGGUAACACGAGGAUUACCCUCCCAUAAUUCUGCCUCUGAAUGGGUGGGUCAUCACACUGGUAACACGAGGAUUACCUUCCAUUAACCAAGUUUAUUUGUAUGUAAACCUAUUUUACUCCAGAGUUUGACUAAUCUCAUUAUAUUUGACUCUUUGCCACUAGUCGUGAACAUAUUAUUUUUCUUGUCAGCAUAAGUGUGUUUUUUUUGUGUGUGCUGUGUGUUAAAAUUUGAUAAUUUUUAUUGGCGUUUACAGGUGAAAACAUUAUAUAAGAGUGAUUCUUUGAGUAUGAUUUAUAGCGAUGGUUAUCAUUGUGUGCACCGCAGUCCCCCUGAGGAGCCUUGAUAUCCUCACAAGGGUGCUGCGAAAUAUUACAGAAUGUUCAUAAUUUUAUUUCUCUCUUCAAUUCAAUGUCAAAGACCAUUUUUUAACCAGUCACUCACUUAGUUACAGCUGCUUGCAGUAGCGACUACUAGUCCUACUAACCUAACCCUUGGACUAAAUUUUGUUGUUGCUGUUUUACAAUGGCCUUGUUAUAAUUUAUCAUAGGGCCCCUUGGUAUUCCUUGGGAAUACCUAAGGGAUACCUUGGGAAUACCUUGGGGCCUGAACCACCAUUCUGCAAGUCCUCUGGUUUGUAAGCCAUUGCAGUUUAUGGUAAUACUGACUCCCCCUCCAACCUUAUGCAUGCACAAAGCAUUAAACAAACUAGAUCUUUACCAGAAACCCCCAAUUAUUAUUGACACCGGAGCCCUAAAAUGUAAUGAGGUAUCAAUCAUAAGCAGAGUCAACUUUUUAGUAGUGUUGAUUGUUUCUAUUUCUUCUGCUUAAUCACCCACAGGACAACAUAUGGUCAAAAUUUUGAUGCCGUCUUUGAUAAAUCUAGGUACCUUUAAAAAUAAAAUAAAUUGUCAAAUAAAAUCAUUGAGGUCAAAACCCUUAUAACAGUUCCUUAGAAACUGUACAACAACCCGGCACAAAAAAAAAGGUAAAAUUCAAAGAAGUAUAAUUUAUAACUUGUUCAUCAUUUAAUUAUCAAUGUUUUGAAUGCAUGCAAAAUUUGCCUUCUUGAUUGGUCUAAUUCCUUGCUGCACGCACAUUUUAUCAUGUUUACGUUUGGACCGAUUGCAGCUUUUAAAUAAAAAUAGCCUGUUUAAAAUCUGAGUUCCUGUUGUAAAUCAAUGAAGGGAAAUACAUUUUGUCAGUCUUGACAAAGUUCUUUAAUUUACCUUUGGUUUAUAGCCGGCUGUAUUCUUCACUGUAUUGUGGAGGAUAGUCCUGUGGAUAGUUAUAUAGUUGUAGUUUUUUACCACAGGCGAUGUGUGAAUAGAAUUAAAAGUUGUUAUAACAACCACACAAACUGAUUUGCAUUCACGGUUUACUGCUCAAAGUAAUUACUCCCAAUCAACGCUGGGGUAAGAAUGGGCUCAAAGAAACCAUGCUCAGUUUCUAAAUUUAAAUAGCCUAUCAAAUCUCAGACUUUUGACCAAAGCUCAUUUUGAGCAGACCUAUUGGAUUCCAGCUUCGUGAUGGCCUAUUUAUUGCACUGCAAGUUAAGAUUUUCAUUAGUGUGUUUUCACUGUUGUGUGAAAAAAUAUCUCUUUUCUAAAUCCAGUGAAAAACAUGAAAGGUUCCUGUACGGCGGUACAACUCGAACAUUUUUUAAAACCUAUACAGAAUAUGGGUAAAACACACAGUUUGGCAUGGAUGCUCUAUGAGUAGUGAUGGAUUGCAACAAUAUAAACCCCAUGCAUUGUUACUGAGCCAUUUAGUUAAAAUUAUCCUGAAAGUAUAGUUCCUUGAGAAUUAUCAAUUUUAAAAGUACAGCAAUAUGAAUUUAUCAGUAGUGCACUUGGAAGUUUAAAUCUCAAUACAAUUUUUUUCUGAUGAGGAAAUUAUGGUCAAUCUUAAUUGUACAUUAAAAUAAAUUUUUUUGGGGCGUCUUUGCGAGGUGUAAAAUAUUGAAACUGACAAGCAAACCCAAAACUUUACAUCAUUCCCCAUGAUAAUGUGCUUGCAGAGGGAAUUUUUUUUUUUGAGGAGCCAUUUCAACUCAUUUUGGCGUUCAGAGUCAUGGAAACAGUUCCGUGCCACCAACAUUUAUACACGACUCGGUGAGUGAUUAAUUUAUGUUUCAUCGAGUCGGAAUCGAGUCGGACUGUUUCACUCACAAGUUGUGGAUUGUUUCAUCCCUGCUAGAGUGCUAAAAGUCACUGUUACUGAAUUAAACCUUCAGUUUACUCACUGUCUGGGAUUGUUGUAUAUCUUAUUAGGCCUAAAAAGCAGCCAAGGAAGUUUUCCUUAAGAAGGUCAUCCAGGAAGAGCAAGGCCAGAUCUGAGGCAUUUCCAGUGGAAAAAAACGAUGCAGAGGAGUUCAGGGCUGACGGGAUGUUAGGCUGUAAUUUCCUGUCCAUUGCCCCAGUCCAGGUCAGUCUCCGGCUAGCUUGCCAGCAAACUCGGAGCUGUUCUGCAUUCAAACCUCAGCUUCUUUCUAGUUAUCUUAAACCGGCUGCUGUAGAUUUCGUUGCUUUUCUUCAGGAUCACAAAAAAAAUUUUUUUUAUAUGGUGCAUUGAUAUUUGUAUAUCAUUUUAAAAAUAUGUUCAUUUGACGAGUUUCAUUAUGUAUUAUACAUUAAUGUGUUUUACAACAUUUAUGUGUUUUACAUUAAAGGCUUACACUAACAUUUUCUAUCCAUGGCUUAUAACACAUAACUUUAAGAAAUACAAGAAAACUGAUGGAAGUUUAAUGACUUAAAAAAAAAAAAAACGAAAAAGGGAAAAGAUUAUGAAAAACUGUAUUGAACAUGUCAAAAGAUUUCAUUUUUUGGGGCUCGGGGCUCUAUGCCUUGAACAGCAUUAAACGCUGAUUUUUAGUUUAUUGUUUCAUAUAUAAAUAAAUUUAAAAAAAAUAAAAAUGAAGUUUUUAAAGACAUAUAUUCAGUGUCAAUUUUUUUUUUUUUAGAGGGUCUUGGAAUCAUUCAUUUUAAACUAAACUUUUGGUAAUUUUCUUCCACACAAUUACCACUAAAAAUAACUUAACUCAUAGGAUAUUAACCAUUACAAUUAACCCAUGGGACGCUAACCAGUACAAUUAACCCAUGGGACACAUUACGAUUAACCCUAGCUUGAUGUUUGCUCUAUCGCUUGCUUCUUGUACCACCACAACAAAAUGGCUGGUUAUACCUGUGAUGACUACAGGCAGGUGAGAAUGCAGGCGAGGAAAGGAACGAGUCUGAAAAAAAAAUAUGCCUUUAGAAAACUUGCUUGAAAAAAAAAUAUGCCUUUAGAAAACUUGCUUUUAAGUUAGGCCUUGCUAGUACGACUAAAUCCGCUUGAAUUAUUUAAGUGCUCAAGGUGGAUGGAAAAAUACUCCCAAAAAGGGUGCAAAGUAACUCAUACAUUAUGUUGAUCAGUUCCAUUUCAUUGAUUAGAAGAACCAUAUCAUAUCAAAUCUUUCGCUAAUUUUUUGUCAACUUAAUGUACAUACAUCAUCAACAUGAUUUACAUGUAUGUCGUCAACUUCACGGCAAUAAACAUUAAAAUAGAUUACAUGAAUUGUCCACCUAUUGUCUUUAACAAUGAAGGGAAACAUUAUUUCUUCAGUAUUUGCGUUUGCUUCUGAAGCACAUGAAAAAAAUCUGCAGGCGGUGGAAGGUAUUGAACUAUAGAACCAACUAACAGCUUAGAUCAUGAGGUCCAUAUCAUGUAUUUCCAUGUCAUCAGCAGUCUUAAAGAAGCUCUUGUGGGAUGUGCACUCCAGUCGCCAGCUGAGCUCAGCCAUUAAAAUCUCUUCAUUUCUUUCACUCUGGUUGUCAAACCAAGUUGUAUUAUUGCUCUGUGAUAUUUUAUGGAGUUAUGAGGUCAUCUCUUUAGUCAUUGGGACUUUCAGAUUCAUAUUUUUUUCUUCAAGCACUGUACCAAUGAUCACACUUAGUGGCACUUGGAGAGGGCACUUUCCACCAACUGCAGCACUCUUAACACCAGCAACACCACGGAUCACACUCUUUAGAAAGUCAUCUUGUUCAAUGACUGAUGCUGUUUAAAUGCUGCUAGGCACAGUAGGACACAGAUAGGACACUAAUAUGAAAAAAUGAUAUUUUGGUCCUAAAGCUUCUCAUGUGUGAGAAAUCUUCACUUGAUUCUGAAAUCACUUGUCAUCAUCCUUUGGUAACAUUUAUGCAUGCCUUGCCUUGGUUUAAGUUAUCCAAAAACAUUACUUUAAAAAAACCUGAAAAACAACGCUUGCAUGACUUGUUGCAAAUUUCAAAAGAUGUGAGGUGGAAGAUCCAAAGGUCAACCAGCCUGCUGAUCCAAAGGAGGCCAAUAGCUGUCGUCCACAGCUAAUUGGUGGUGGAGUUAAUCCCCUAAACUUGACAGGGGAUAGAAUACCGGUACAUUAUUUAACUCAAGAUUUCAUGUUGCAAGUUGACUGGAUUAGAGAGAGAAAAAACAAUCCCCAAAAUCUCAAGAAUGGAUAAAUUUGUUUGGACUAAGCAAUCCAUCUUUUUUUUCCCCUCACUUAGGACAGUGGAAAAAGCCAAAGGGAAAAUGUAUGCCGCUCGGGAAUUCAAUUAUGAUUUGCAACCCAUGGGCAGGUGUGCUGAACCUGAAGCUCUCAACCAAGAGCUGGAGUGCAUGAGGUUUAGUGCCCCGAUGUUGCCCUCUGAAGUCCAGGUCUGUUGGACAUAAGUUUCUCACAUGGCUUAAUGUCUGACUGUUCUCAAUGUUUCCAUCUGUCAUCAUCUAUUUGUCCUUGCUUAUUAAUUCAAUGCAUUUUUUUUUUUUCCUUUUUGGUGACCCUAAAUGAUAACUUAUUGAAAUAUAGUUAAAGUACAGUGCAUGUACUAGUUUUAACUGGCUUUAAUAUAUUUGUACUCGAGGCUCUGCUAGGGGCCCGAGGCUCUGCUAAGGGCCUGCUUGAGUUUUCUUUAUGUAUUUAUGUGAACUUUAUGGUUUAACCAAAUAAAGAAGUCACCUUAUUGUCAGUUGGUUUUCUAACUGUAAUCUAAUGAAAUGGGGGGGGGGGGGGGGGUUGGGCCUUUCCUUUCAUUGAGUUUUCUUUAUGUAUUUUUGUGAACUUUUUGGUUUAACCAAAUAAAGAAGUCCCCCUAUUUUCAGUUGGUUUUUUAACUGUAAUCUAAUGAAAUGGGGGGGGGGGGGCUGGUUAGGCCUAUCCUUUCCCUUUCCAACACAUUAUUAUCUAACUUGCUUCUACAUGUCCAUGCAAAAACAAACAAAAAAGUUUACUAAUUUUUUAAAAUAUGGAUCAAUUGCCCCCGGUAUACUUUUCCAUUCUUGAGAUCAAACUGAGCGUGUAGAGAUUUAGUCUUGUACAAUGUCACCUGCUAUACACACCGUUUAGUCUAGAGUUCUAGGGGAUUGACUUGAAUUGCAUGCCUGUCCUGUUGCAGGGGGAUUUUCUGUCACCUGUUGGCCCAGAUUAAACCCACAGACAUACUCUUGCCUACCUCUCCAUCUUUCUCUUAACUAUAGGCCAGAUUUAAACCCACAGACAUACUCUUGUCUACCUCCCAAUCUUUCUCUUACCUGUAGGCCAGAUUAAACCCCACAGACCCAAUUAAACACCAUAUGUAGCUUGAAAAAGCCACCCUUUCUCCUGUCUGUGGCAGAAGAUUAAAACACCAGACUCAAAUUAAACCUAUGGCUACCUCCCCAUCUUUCUCUUACCUGUAGACCAAAUUAAACCCACAGACCCAAUCGAAUCCCACACCCACACCCAUUAGUUCAGUCUUCCUUCUGAACCACAAGGCAACAUACUAGUGAAAGUUUUCAGAUCGCUUCCAAAUGUAGUGCUUUACACCCAUAUCCAGAAAUUAAUAGGAAACCAAUUUAUGUGAAUCCAAUUUUUACAAAGGAAUGUUGUUCGAAUGGAAUUUAAUUUGAAUGGAAGUUUAUUUGAGCAGAAGCUUAUUCUUAUAGAACUUUGUUGGAAAUGAAGAAAUGGAUCCAAAGAUACAAAAAUAAAUUUUAAUAAAAAGUUAGCAUUUCCCCAUUUUUCACUCUCACCUUCUCUUAAAAAGCAUUUUAAAAAAAUUAUCAAAGACUGAUAAAUUUCAUUUCAAACAACUUUAUGUUCGAACAAUGUUCUUUUGUAAAAAUUUGCUGUUACCCAUAAAACCUGUGCAUGUUAAAUCAAUGGACCAUGUAUUAGAAAAUCUACUAAAAUAAUUCAUUAUAAAAUCAUCAGCACUAAAAGCAAAUAUCUUUUUAAUACAAAGACCAAUGAGGGAGGCAAUCAAUAAUAAAGUUAAUAAUAGGCCUAAAAAAAAAAAAAACUAAAAAAUUUUUUUGUUUUAAAUAUAACCCCCCCCCCCCCCCCAAUUUAAAUGCAUCAAUGUUUGAUAUUUAAAAAACUGGAUAAAUUUAGCUGAUAUGAAUCUUGGCCUCGUGAAAAUUUUUAUUUUGCACUAAAAGUAAAAAAAAUUCUUUUGCCUGCAUUAGAAAUGCAACUCAUAUUCAUCCAUAGUUUUUGAUAAAAAAUACCACUCACCUCAGGACUUUUCCUCAGUCAUUCCAGUCCCUCAAAGGAUGUUUUGAUAUUUAAUUUUAAAGAUAACUUGCUUUUAGUUUUGGUUUGUAAAUGGAGUACGGCUUUUCAAUUAACAUUAUACACUCAUGUAACGCCUCUAGCAGCAUCUCCUUUAAUACUCUUGACGGGUGCCUCAUGUUAUCAGCUAUCAACCACUGUAUGUGUGUUCGGAGUGUUUCGUAUACACUUUCAGUUAGAGGUCAUGUCCAAUCUAGGUAUUUAAAUAUGUUUCUAGUGAUUGGGCACUGUUCUGUGUUUCCACGGCCCAUUUGUUUUUUUGGUCCAGACGUCGCUGAUUGCUAUUGAGAAAAUGUGGCAACUAAUGCAACAUGUGAUGGGGAAUUGAUCAUGGGUUUCCCUUUCUAAGCUAAAAAUAUGGAACUUCCACCUUAACCCACAGAGGUUUAUGUCAACCUUAACCCACAGAGGUGUAUGUCAACCUUAACCCACAGAGGUUUAUGUCAACCUUAACCCACAGAGGUUUAUGUCAACCUUAACCCACAGAGGUGUAUGUCAACCUUAACCCACAGAGGUUUAUGUCAACCUUAACCCACAGAGGUGUAUGUCAACCUUAACCCACAGAGGUUUAUGUCAACCAUAACCCACAGAGGUUUAUGUCUUAACAUCAUUAACAACAUGAAUGAUUCCUGACUUUUAGCAAUAUGCCCAGCAUACAAUGUUACAUAAGAUCAUCUUGUUCAUCAAUUGCUUAAGUAGUAAAAACUAAAGAGAAAAUGGAGCAUGCCUUAUUCAUUGAUACUUAUGAGUGUUAAAACACUCAAAUGGAUCGUGUAUUUUGAAAAUAAAUAAAAUAAAGACUUGGAUAAAAAAAUAGCCAGGAGGGCAUAUAUAAAUAACAUUCUGAGUUAAUUUGUGAUUUAAUCCUUACACUUCCCAAUAUAUUGAGUAUUUUUAGUUUACCAAAGACAGAUUUUUUUUUUCUUGCUACUUAUUAGCCAAAAAUAUCAUUGUUGUGCAGACCGACAAAAUAAUUCAAAACACUUUUGGAAACAGUGACCUGUAGCCCAAUGAUCAAUGAAUACAUACAAUUUUAUUUCUGACCCUCUCCUCUGCUAUUCAACUUGGCAGGACAGAUGUCUUUUUUGUUAUAUUUCAAUUUCUUUGAAGUCAUUUUUUUAACCUACUUACAUCUGUACUCGUUGGAGAGCUGACCUUUGACACACAGCUUGAUGAUGCAAGAAAUUAUAUAUGCCACAAUUUGAUAGAUAAAUUUAGACACAAACAAUUUUUGUAAAUAAAACACUAUGGGUUAAGCUUAAAUUCUGGAUACACAGAACACAAAUGCAAACGUAUCUGCAAAUGCCUUCAUUAGCACAACAAAACAUUUGGUAAGUCCUCAAGUGACCCCUGACCUCAAGAGAUUCCAUAAUGUUAAUUUGAAAUAUUCAAAAUAACAAAGGGGUUGAAAUUUUGUGCACUGACCACAGCAGAUUAAAAAAAAAAAUUUGUUAGAUCUCCAUGAAGCAAAAUAAAAAAUAUUUUUUCUCCAUUUUUCGUGUUAAUGGUUAAAAGGGACAGUCUUGACUCUUGCAUUGAGUUGCUGGUCAACUUCUUUCUUUAUAAUGCUAAUCAUAACCCUGGUUUCCCCAGAACGUUUGAAGAAUAUGAUCAGUGUUGUGCAACAGAAGACAUUGUUGUGGAACAUGAUCCAAUACCACAGGCCCUAGCGAUGAAUUCUACACAGAGUCAUGUAGAUAUUUCAAUCAGAAUAAACACAUAUUUUUUUACAUUUAUUAUUCUUUAUGUCAAAUUGACCAUUUUUUUUUUUACCCCUGGGUUUCCCUUUAAAUUUCAUAAUCUUUUCAGAAAGUAUUUCCCCGCAAAUUUGUUUUUAAUUGUUGGCUCUGACAUGGUCAAAAACUUUCCUGAACAAUACUAUUGGGCUUGCUUAAACUAGUGUUACAGUUUGUUUUAUGUUAUUUCUUUUAAAUCUUGGUAGUGGUGAAGGAGUUGAGCUACCAUUAUUAUUUGGACAUAUCUUCUCAGACACUGAUAGUUUUUGUCUUAUGAUAUUUUAAUAUAGUUAAUAUAACAGGUGUACAUCUGACAUGAACAUUUCAGUACGCUGCAUAUCACAUGAACAUUUCAGUACGCUGCAUAUCACAUGAACAUUUCACUAUGCUGCAUAUCACAUGAAAAUUUCAGUAUGCUGCAUAUCACAUGUACACUUCAUUAUGCUACAUCUCAAGCAUUACAAUUUCUCUUUGUUUUUCUUGCAUCAAUAUUAUUACAUUCUGUGUUAAGUUUUUUGUCAGGUUAGUUUUUUUAAUGUGUUUUUUUUCUUUUUUCAAAAACUUAAUAAAAUUGCUUAAAUUAUUCAAAUAAAACAACCAGGAUGAGCAAUUGUAAUAGAAAAUGUUGACAGUUUCAAGGUUUUGUGUAAAGGAUUCACCAUGGUAGUAAGACAUCUGGGGGGAAACCACUUCAGUUCAACAUUUUCAUAGCAAGUUUGAAAUAACCUUAUGGAGUUGUAAAAACAGAGAUGUGUUAGAAAUGGUGUAAAAGAUCUUGAGUUUUUUUGUUUUUUUUUAAAAAACUCUAAAAGAACCACCCUACUGAUCAGUAUCAAAUUUGCACUUGACAAGCCAGUCUUACCUUGUUAAACCCAAUAAUUGAUUAAAGACAAAUGUUUAACAAACCAAUAAUUCCUUGGUGCUGCAUCACUGCAAGUGCACAACAUGAUAGCUUCCUGUGAAUACAAGCUUUAGCAUAACGUUAUCUCACUCUCACUCUUAUAUAUUCACUAGUGUGGCUUAAUGACAAGUGAGAUAUUUCCACUAGAAAUACUUACAUUCAAUAUAUAUAUAUAUAUAUAUUAAAUUGCCUCCUCAUGGUUUGCAAAUCCCUUUUUCUUUGUGUUUGUGUGUGUGGAGGGGGGAGGAAAUCACUAUUUAAGAAAAAAAUUUGAUUGUUGGCAAAACUUAUUCUUAUUCAUGUAUUUAUUUGGUAGUUGUGAUGAUUCAUUGUGGAAAAAACUCUUGGCUACUGCUUCAGCUUACAUUUCCUUGAUUCUAAUCUUAUCAGCUUAGAGAUGAACUUUUCUUAAUUCCUGCUCUUUCAUAAGAUUUUAAUGAACCCCACCAACAGCAAACAUAAAAAACCAACCAAGAGUCUCUAUAAGUUGCCAGAUGAAGAACGUUCCCUGCUUGCCACCUUCAUAUUCUGCUUGCCAUCAGCUUACUGACACUCCCCCCAUCCAGUCCUUAUUUUUAAAAAUAUGUAAUAAUUUCUAACACUAUUUUGUUUUGUCUCGUUACUUUAUCCAGUAGUUUUAUUUGUUAUACUUUAAAAAAAAAAUUUUUUUUUUAUCCAUGCUCUGUGAUUGACACACAUUAAUUUUCAUAGUCGCUCUCAUUGGUUAAAGUGGUGAAAAUUUAAAAAAAACAUGGUCACUAAAUUAUUGAGUUACGUUGGCUGGUUUUAUUCAUCUUUUAAAUUCUUUGGUUAAAAAACUCAUGGUUUAAAGUGGUGCAUGCAAUAUAUUAAAAUAUUUUAUUUUGGAUGAGCUUUUCAUGAAUGACGCACAUAUGUACACACACACACAAAUAUAUAUAUAUAUAUAUAUAUAUAUAUAUAUAUAUAUAUAUAUAUAUAUAUAUAUAUAUAUAUAUAUAUAUUUGUCGCUUGAAUGUGUCUUGAGUGGAAACAAACACAGAUAGCAUAAUUCAUCAAAAUUUUUUAACUCUGCGAUAGAGUUCCUGUGGCAGGUAUCCGUAUGACUCUGUAGCAUCACUACCAAUGUGAUGAUGAUCAGCAGAAUUCAAACAAUAUAAAUCAAAUAUAGGAAUGAGAGUGACUAGUAAAGCAUUACAUUAGUCCAUUGGGAAGUGUCAUAGAAGUUUUUCAAAGGAAAAAUAAGCCUUAUUUGUUUGCUGUUUAAAGGGGAUUUUCAGCCCUUGUCACUUUAGUAUUGCAAUAACAAAUAUUUAAGCUUUCAAUGGGUCCUGAAAAUGGUGUUUGCUUAGCCCCAGAAGUUGUGCCAGAACUGAAAAUGGUGUUUGCCUAGCCUGUGAAGUUGUGUCUGAACUGAAAAUGGUGUUUGCCUAGCCUGUGAAGUUGUGUCUGAACUGAAAAUGGUGUUUGCCUAGCCCAGGAAGCUGUGUCUGAAGCUACUUUGGUGCUUUGUAGUUAAAAUAAUUUUGAUUAUUGUAAAAAUGAAUAUUAAUUAAGAGGCAGGGGUUUGUUUCCACUCCAGAGAUGGGUUAAAAACUGUUGCUAUACAUAGAGCUAGUUCAAUAAUUAACGAUCAUAUUUUUAUAAUGGUGACAAAGAUGAUAUAGCUUAUUUUGUAGUUUAGCUAAACUUCAAUCAGCACUUAAACAAGAUUGAUAGAGGUGACAUAUUAGUUUAAAAUAAGUUCUGUGGUAAUCAUGUUCAAUGCAUGUGUUUAAAAUGUCUCCAGAAGUUUAAGACUGACUUGUAUCCUCACAUCAGGUUGCAGAGAACACGACCAGCACAACCUAUGAGAUUGCUCGCCAGUCCACCAUACCCAGUGACAACACAGAGCACAAGGUUUGUAUUCAUUUGCUUUGUGUAGCUUUUCAAUUGCAGUGUUUUGCUCAAGCGUGCAGCCAGGUGUGUAGCUAGGUGUGCAGCCAGUUGUGUAGCCUGGCUGGUGACAAGUUUUUCAAUAAAUAUUUGUUUAUAAAAAAUGUUUCAGACAGCACACAGUUUUACUAAAUGUACAAUUUUUCAUCUCAUAUAUUUAUGCAACAAUUAAAAUUGUGUAGUUUUUAGAAUGUGACAAUUUAACCUUUUGCUUUCAUCUUCAUGAGAAAACCAUUUCAAUGCUUUGUUAUCUAAGCCUCUGAUCUUUGGUCAUCUGAUGUGUCUGUAACGUGUCUCUUUUCUACAUUCUUAAAAUUUUAAAAAUAUUUUUGAAAUCUCUCCCACUGUCAUAACCCCACAACUAGCACUCAGCUUGUUAAAUUUUUAAAAUUUUUUUUAAAACCCCCCCCCCCCCCCCCCCUUCCUUUACUUCAGGUAACUGUUGCAAUAAUUGAGUUGACACCAACCCUGAACUACCUGACUGUGCCCAAAAUUGUACCUCACGCCUUCCUGCAGGCCAAGGUGACCAACACCUCGCAAUACACCCUCUUGCCUGGUCGCACCAAUAUCUUUCUGGACAAUAGCUUUGUUGCCAAGGUUUGUAACUACUACAAAGUUGUGUAUUUGGUUUAGAAUUGUAAUUCACUAUUUACUUUAGCAAAGUCUCUGUUGGUCGUCCAUCUCGAGCUGAACUUCAGACAUGGCGGCGUUUUCCUUAAAAAAAAUUGUAGCAUUUUCUCUCUAUUCAAGUCACUACUAUUACCAUAAAAUCAUUUGUAUGACACACCUGUGAAUCAAAUGCGUUCUCCAAUUUAGACAUAAAAAUAUAUAUAAAUAUAAAUGUGAAGUUUUAAUUCUUACUGGACAUCAAUAAUUUUUCCAUGUGCAAUUUUUCUUGUUUUUUUUUUUUAUUAAACAAGAAAUAAUUGUUUCAAUUUUGCCUAAUUUUUAAAAACAUAUAAGUUCUCUUUCAAAAUUUCGUAGAACUUCUUUUAAAAUUUAAAUUUAUAAAUAUGAAUCUCAUUAGAAUAGGCAAGAAUAAUAAUUUUUUGUUGUAUCUUAUUACUCUCAUAUUUUAUAAAAUCAAAUAAAAACAAAUAAUAAUUAUAAUACAUUUAACUGUUUUCAUUCCACUGAUCAAAAGAGUUGAUAUCUUCUACUAAAUGUGGACAUUUUUUUUAUUGAGCUGCAUUUCCUAACUUUUCAUUCCACUGAUCAAAAGAGUUGAUAUCUUCUACUAAAUGUGGACAUUUUUUUUAUUGAGGUGCAUUUCCUAACUUUUCAUUUUCCUGUCCCAUAUAAUUUUGAUUUUCAAGGCUGAGUUAGAUUAUGGUUUUCUGGACUAAGAUAAUUUUGAUAUUUUAGACUGAGAUUAUUUUAAAUUUCUGGAAUAAGGUUAUUUUGAUUUUUCUAGGCUAAAAUAAUUUUGAUUUUCUGACCUAUGAUAAUUUUGUCUUUCUUUACCUUUGUAAUUUUGAUUAUCUGGCCUAAGAUAAGUUUUGAUAUUUCAGGCUGAGAUAAAGGCAGUGGCCCCUAAAGAGGAGUUUGAAUGCUCAUUGGGUGUCGACCCCAGUGUGAGAGUGGAAUACAAACCAUUGGUCAAGGUCAACUCAUCUUCCGGAAUCAUCUCCAAGUCCCAAAUCAUUACCCACGAGCAGGCCAUCGAGAUAAAGAAUCUGCAUGACUACCUUGUCAAGGUCCAGGUCAGGGACAACUUGCCCCGCAGUCUAGACGAGAAGAUAAAGGUCAGUAGGAUCAUUUUCACUUUUAUACUGCUUAUUUCUAAAACUCUGAGAGGAGUAGUUUCAAAUAUUUUGCUACAUUUUGCAUUACUAUCAGAGCUACUGAAAUUUUUUAUUUGUGUGACUGUAAUCUGAUAUUUUUGUUGUUGUUCUGUCACACUGUAUUUUAUUGUGCUUUACUAGUAGCAUUGUGUUGUGUUUUAUUGUGUUUAACUAUACCUUGAUCUUUUACCCAUAUUUUAGCAUGUAUUACUAUAUUUUUCUUGCAUUUCCUACAUUUUUUAAAGAUAAUAUAGGAAAAAAUAAAAAAAACGGAUAUACACAAUUUAUCCACUUUAUUUUUAAAUUGUUCCAUUAUUUCCUAAAGUGUAUAAAUUCUUUAUUUUCUGCAUCUUAAGUUUCUUGUGUUCAUCUAUAUUUUUUUGUAUUUAUUAUUAUUUUUGCUCUGCUCCCCUAGGUGAAUCUGAUACUACCUAACAUUGAUGUGAAGCACCCAGAGAAGUCAGAGAAGGUCCGGCUGACCAAGGGCAACAAUGUGGAAUGGGACCUUGAGCUUAAGGGCUUGGAGAAGACCGAGGUGGUCCUCAAGUACUCUGUUGAGCACCCAGCGAAUGAGGACCUCGAGACUACUCAAGCUUUUGGAAAUUAAACCAGUCGCUCAUUGUCUUGGUCACCAAGAAACUGACGCCUAAGGCUUAACUUGUAAUUGUGUCAAGGUGAAAUCUUAAUUAUUUCUAAAAUAAAUAUUCUUCAGUGUCAUCCACUAAAUUUACCUUUAUAUAAAUUCUUAAAUUUUGUCUUCUCAUUUAUCCUUUAUAUGGAUCUGGAGAAGUUCACGUGAAUAAACAAAGGGUAAGGCCAAAGUUUUUUUUGUACCUUUAAGUAAUUUACAAUAAGAUCUAAGUGAAAAAUAUUUGCCCUUCUCUUGUAUAAGAAUUAAAGUACAUAGUCCGUUAAUAGUUUAAAAAAUAUAAUCUGUGGCAGCACCUUCCCAUGAUGCAUCUACACACCAUCACAGCCUCCCCAUGCUGUGUGCUUCUGAAUGUGAUCUUUAAACUUAACCAAGGACUGUUUCACUGCAAUAUAUCGUAUCCAUUGUUUUGGGGUCAAAGCAACAUCAAAAUUAAGCUACAGGGAAACAAGUAGUCAUGUUUUUUUUUGGUUCAGUUUAAAAAAAAACAAAAAAAAACUUAUCAAAUUCAAAGGUGCCUGUUUAUAAACGAAACAUUAAAUUAUAAAUCAUAUUUUUAUUUUACAACAAUAUUUAUGCAUAAUUUUAUAAAGAAAAAUGUUGUCUAAAAUAUGUUUACAAAAUGUUAACCUGAUCAGUGUAUUAGGUGAGUUGAGACCGGAAGCUGGUUUUUGUGUCAUUGAUGGAUAGUAGAAGAAAUGCAGUCGUAAAGAAAGUUUUCCAGAAAUAAUUGCACAUAAAAUUAAUUUAAUUUAAUUUAAAAAAAAAUAAAUCUUUGUGCAUUAUUCCACUCAGUCUAUUCCACUCGGGCUAUGACCUAAUUGUAGUUUAAAGUUCUAAAUUAUCAUCAGCCACCCUUCAUUGGCUUUGUUGAUUUUUGUGUAAUUUUUUAAUAAUUAUUUUUACUUAAUACCUGCCAUCUUAAACCUUUCAAUGUUUUCUUUUAAGCAAUAUAUUUGGUUUCAUGGUUGGGGGGAAAAAACAGCAACACUGACCCUUGAAGUAGCUCUGGGUAGAGAAGCGUAGUUGUGAUAAGAUAUCAAUUCCUGCUCAGUGUACAUACACACAACUGUUGUAUAAGAUGAUGUGCUCAGUAUGUUUAAAUAUACACAUUUUUGUGUUUUAGUUGGCAGUAUUCGAUGUUGUAGCUGUUAGACUUCAUGUCAAAUGUGAUUUCAAGUCUGUGUGCAUGUUAGACGUCUGACCAAGAUAUAAACAUUUAUAGCAGAUUAACCCCCUUACAUUUGGGAUGAUUAUAUUUACAUCCUUCACUUACUUGGCUGAUUUCGUUUUGUAAUUUUUUUGACCAAUAGACUUAAAUAUAUUAUUUUCUUACACCAUUAUAUUUUUUCUUAUUGCACCUAUAUAUGGUGAUGGAUGUUUUACAAUUAUGAUUUAACAUAUACUAAGUUCAUAACUUAUUUUUGCAUUUCAAACUCAUUAAUUUUUCAAAUUGAAGCAAUUCUCAAGAAAAUGUAUUUUAAGACUUUUUUUUUUUCAAACUGCCUUUUGCUAUUAAAUUUCUUUCAAUUAUUUACAAAAUUUAUCUUAUUUUAAAAAACCUUUUUAAAAUAUCUAUUUACUGAUGUAUGAUUGCAAUGUACUAAUAUCAGUGUAAUUAUAAUGGCUUGAAGAAUUGUUCAACUUAAGUACAUCACUAUUGUGGAUGAAACACUCGCAACUUUCCUAAAUGUUUUCAUUACUGGAUGAUUUAUAUGUGAAACCAAACAUAUUUUUAAAAAAGCAAGGCUCAAGAUGCAAAAAAAACAAAACAUGGAAAACUCAUUAGAUCUCAUCAUUGUUUCAAGGUUUUAGUUUAUUUUUGUCAAAGCUUCACUUUGAAUCUUUUUUUAAAGGAUUAGUUUCUUGACUCAGCUUGUUACCUUUUGGUAACGGCAGAGACAUCGGAUGCUUGACUUUAGAUAUAGAUAAUGAAACUAUUCAAAUGAAAUCUUGGGUUGAUACAAAGAAUUAUAACCAUUUAAUGUACCGUACAUAACAUAAGAAUAAUUCUUUAUUCAAAACAAAAAAAAAAGAAAGAAAGAAAGAACAUGAGCAAAUUAGUUUGAAUUGAUCUUAUCAUCCAGUUUGCUGAUUUUAUGUUGUUUUGCAAUAAUUGACACGCAAUAAUUAACUGGCUUAGAUAGGUUGAAAAAUGCUCUUGCAUUUAUUCUAUAAAUACUUAUGUUACCACGCAUAAUGCAAAAAAAAUUUAUGGUAAGAAAUGCUACCUCAAGUCAGGGGUUUGGAUAAUGUGAGCGCCUGGGCAUAAAGGCAGUAAUGUAAAUAGCGGCCCGUUGUCUGGAUAAUAAACACUAUUUUACUGUUUUAACCACAGUUCACUUUAAAUAUAGUUUAUAAUAAUUUAAAGAAUUUUGACAUUUUGAUCUUAGAAUGAAUAAUGAUUUGGUUCACUUGUUCACUAGUGUAUUUUACUAUCAAUAAUUUUAUGUAACAUGAUUAACUGAUGGCUUUGUACGUGGCAGGCAUUUUAGGGCUUUAUUUUCAAACCAAAAUAUUGGGGUUCAAAUUAUACAUGGAUUGUAUUAUACGCAAUGAUAUACAGUACAUAAACAUUAAAAGGCAUUAUCCCAUUGUCUUGAUGAAAUGGUCCAUCAUUCUGGUCAAUCCUUGUUUCUCUCUUGCUCUUGUAAGUCUUUUAAAUUGAUAUAUUUGCAUAAUCUUUAGCCCUGUUUAAUGUGGGGCAAAUGUUGUUUUAUUUGUAUGGAAAAAAACAACUGGAAGUCAGCAAAUUUGUAGACAUUUCUUUUUAAAACAAAAUGUAAAUUUGAAAUAUAAGAAUUAAAUUUAUGGAAACAAACAUUUUUCUCUCAACUGUGAUCUCAUAAAACCUUGAAUGAAAUAAUGAUCAGCAUGGAUGAUUUUUAUGUUGUUAUCAUUUGUUUGUUCUUAUCACAUAUCAUUGAAUAACAGAUUUUAUGCUAGUUUAUUGUUUAGAAAUUCACUUAUGUUUGAUAAACUGUAUUUAGAUAAGGACAAAAAAAAUUGUACUAACACAGAAAGUGUGCACACAAAUUGCUGAUGGACUCCAUUAUUGUGUUUUUGACAAUUUUUCAUUUCAGGUAAUUGAAAAAAAAAAAGAUCCAAUAUAUAUCUCUCACUCAUUACUACUUGCUUUGUUGAAAGAGCACAAAAUGUGAUGGAACUGUGAUGCUUUUUUCCCUUCUUUUCUUAAUUAUAAUUUUAUCAUUAUUUACUGUUUAGUAGAUUUACAAAAAACACCUCUAUUAUGCAUAGAAUAAUUUUUUUUUGAAACAAUAUAUAAAUAACCGAUGCAAUAACUGUGCCAGCAUGAUUACUGCACGAGCACAAUUACUGUACCAGCACAAAUACUGUACCGAUAUAAUUACUGCCACAACAUAAAUACUGGGAAAUCACACAUUUCACAAGACCAAUACUGUAUUAAAAGGAAAACUAUACCAAUAUGAUUAAUGCACCAGUCAUUUAAGAAGAUAUUUUUUUUUUACUUGGGUAAAUGAGCACACUAUGUAGAUCUCAUCUGUCAACUUGAGUUAUUUUUAUGCAGAAGCUGUGUGGCACUUGUCAUGCAGCCAUUACUGUGUGUGACUGUCAUCAUGAUUAACAGGUCAGACACAAGCAGUAGUUAUAAUGGAACUUUCUCAGUCUUCAAACUGCCUAACAUUGAAAUAUUAGUUCUAGCUUGUUUAAUACAGAAGUCUUAUGGCUUUUUCUGAAAUGAUAGAGCAGUAUAGAGCUGUACAAUUAUCAGUUGAAUAUUGCAGGGCUGCUGUUCUGAAUAUAAAGGGUUGUUUUUUAACUAUAGGUGAAAUUUAAAAAAAAUUGCUGAAGUAAUGGUAACAACUAUUUCAAUGGGUCAUCCCUUAUAUACACAACAUUUGGACUGAGACAAUAUACCUAUGAAUAGGCAUUCAAAUAAUUCAAAAAAGAUUUUUGUUUAAGGACUCUGUCCUAACACUUUUUAAACAUGUGUCUUAAUCAGCUUUUACUGCAUAUUUAUAAUCAUCUAAUGGUGCUCUUAAGUUAUUUGAUUUACAAUUGUUUUUUUUUGUUUUUUUUUUUUGCUGAAUGCCUUAAGAAGUUGCAGGGAGAUUUAUUAUGCAUGUAAAUGCACUGAAAAUUUUUUAAAGUUAAUAUUUAUUUGUUCUUUAAAAUUUAUAAGGUGAGACAUUUUUAAAACUCAAAGUGAUAAAUAAUCAGUAUAUGGCUGUAACAUGUUAAAAAAUUUGUAAUUGCAUAAUGGUGAUCUUCCCAUUCCCAAGUGUAAUAUUUUUAAUGAUACAGUAAAAGAACUAUUAAUUUAUUUACAUUACAACUUUUUUUUUUUUUUAAUGCAUACACAUAAAAUAGUAAAUGAUAAAUAGCCUGCAACCUUUGAUCUGCUAAUUAAAAAAAUAUUGAUAUGAAUUAGGGGGUCAUACAAUAUUAAACCCAUCUUGCUCUGGAAGAUUUUUUAUAAAACACACUUAUUGAAAAUAAUAGGGUUGUUAGGUUUUUAAUACGAAAAAAAAUUAAAAAUAAUAAUAAUAAUAUAAACGCCUACAUAAUAAUAAGCUCUGGAUGAACUGGGUAAAUAUUAAAAUUCAAAGCUACAAUAACUAAGCUCAAAAAUUUUAUAAACAAUUUCUGAUUUUAAAAUGUUGAAAUAAUGCAGCUUUGAAAUAAUGUUUAUAAAAAUAUUUUAUGUUAAUUUUAACAUAAUUAUAUUUAUAUUAUUUACUAAAUUUUCAUUUACAUAAAUAUUUUUAAAAAGCCAAUUAUUGUAUUUCAUCCUGUCAUUUUGCCAAGGAAUAUUUCAUUGAUAUUUCUAUUUGUCGAUGUCAAUAUUUAGCCUCUCUAAGGCUACGACCAGUUUUUAUUUGGUUUCAAAGUUAAAGAACUAUUUAAUUUUUUUGCAGCUAUUUUAAUUUAUGGCUUGUUUUGUGCUUCUAAUAAAAUUCUUCAAACUUA